UCUCCUCCACCAUAUACUAGACUCUCUGUGUCUGAUGCCCCAUUACCUAAAUACUAGCACUAGCCGUUCUUUCCUCUUUGACGAAGCGGCGUAGCAUUGGGAGAACAAUCAGCUUCACUGUUCUUCAUAAGCUUUGCUUAAAGGAGAAGGAAAAAAACCAAUGCUGCUGAAGGGUCAAUACAUAUAUGUUGUAGUACCAUCCCGGGAGACGAAGCAUUUGCUUAUAGAUUAAUGAUUGGCAGAGGUGUGGAUUGAGGUAGAUGGAUUCAAUGGUGAAAAAGUAUCAGCAGAAGUUUAGGAAGGUGAAAGAAGAGAUGGGUCGAUGGGAAGAGCUUCAAUCUCGGUUAAUUUCACAGUUCACCAGUGCUUCUGCCAUCAUCCAGAGAUUGCAGUUACUUCAAGAUCCAAAAAACUAUGGCGCAUUAGAAUGUGUUCAGGGCAUUCAAGAUGCUGUCUUGGCGAAGCAAUUGGAGUCACUGCAAACUAUUAUGCUCUCCAUGAAUAAGACCUUGGAAGAUUUUCGUGGUGUUUCUUCAUCCCUUGAGAAAGUUGUUCGUGAUGGUAGGCAGCUAGUUAAAGGAGGUUCUACUGUUGCAACAGCAAAGCAACUGCAGCAAAGAGUUGGUAUCAAACCAAGUCUUGCAGAUUGCCUGGAGGGCCUUAGGCUUCUUAGCGAGAUGCACCAUUCAGAGUACCUUCUUAAGUCAUCUGUGAUAUCGGCACUUGCAAAGGUUUCCUUGACGCCAAGUGCUAGUGACAAUCUAAACGCCCUUCAGCAACUGCUCGUUGACCAACCUAACAUCCCUAGAGAGGAGGUACAAGGGAUAUUUGAUAUCAUAUUUGCUGAAGACAUCUCUUGAUGUUUUGUCCUCGUAUCAAUUGAAGUGCAUUACAAAUCUGUGUUAAGGCAGAAAGAAAGGAGGCACUAGCAAUCAUUUCACCAUCUUUCAGGGAUACCGUUUGAGCAAAUGCAUCCAAUAACAUGUCAUGUCAUUCCUCGGUUGGUUAUGAAGCAAAAAGCUGUCAAAUUCAAGACAGGUUGCUUGUUUGUGGAUCAUUCCCAAGCACGAGUUCUGUUUCCUGAAGAUUAUAUAUCAAAGACUCUAAUCUUCAGUGGGUGGAUGGUAGUUUGGAUGAUUUUAAAGUGUAAAUGAAUCAUAGAUGGCCUCGAAUUGUAUGGAGAGCUUGGUUAAGUUGAUGUUAUCACUAUCCUGACGCGACAUCAUGAAACUAUCUGAGACCCAAUGUAGAGUUUUAAUGUUUUAUUGGAUGUUAUUAAAUUCCAUUUGGAGGGAGAAACUCAAUGCUUGUCAGUGAAAUGUCAUAUUUCGAUUGUGGGCUUUAUUUUAAA